AAACACGCUGGCUGUAUGAGAUUAUUCCAACGUCACUCUACGAAGGAAAAAAAAACAUACUUUCAUGACGCCAUGACAGGUCACGUGAUGUAAAUUUUUGUCGGGCAUGCGCGACAUCACGAAUUUUACAAGUGAUUUUGAAACGAUGGACUUUUCGCGGAGAAAAUUGUUAUAGAAUACUCUGUUACGAACCAAAAUUUCGAUUACAGUGCAUAAAUACGUGUGUCUCAGGUGUUUGUGUUUCAAAUUGAUUUGUGCAAGGAAGUGUUACUUCGCAAAGGUCAGUUUCUCAAAAAGGUAACCAAACCAUGUGAAAAGUGCCUUAGCACUGCGGGUGUGAAGUGCUCAGUUAGUGUUAAACUGUAAAAGUGCUAGCAAAGUGCAGUGUGUGCAGCAAAGUGCAGUGCGAGUGAGAUGAGAGCUGAAGAGACUUGGACAGUUUGCGUUACGAGAGAGGUUGCAGAGGAUUGAUUAGGAAUACAAGAUGGCCCACUUCCCCACACCAACAUCAUUAGAGGCGGCGCUACCUCUCAUGGUAAAGCCGGACCUCCGCCUGCGUCAGCAGCUGGGCGAACAACUACCGGCCCUAGUUCGACGGGAGCCAGAGAUUGAACACGAUAUCGCUGCUCAACUACUGGACGCGUUGGUUCACUGGCUCAAUGGGGGCAACUUUAAGGUGGCCCAGAACGGGCUGGAGACGAUCACCGCGCUCGCCGAGCGGCUCGGGUCCGAUUUCUCCUGUUACGUGCCCUCGGUGCUGCCACACGUCAUCGACAGGCUGGCAGACACAAAGGAAGGCGUCCGCCACAUGGCGCGAAUGUGUAUCGCGGCGCUAGGGGAGAGUCGCGCCGCCCCGCCCCGCGCGCUCCUGGCUCGCCUCAUCCCCGCGACGCAACACAAGGCGCCACACACCAGGGAGGAGGCUGUUAGGACCAUACAAACACUAUUAGACACGCACGGCGCGCAAGAACUACAACUCCGAGCGGCCGUACCGAACCUCGCCGGGCUAUUAGGAGACCCCAGCAGCCCGGUGAGGGACGCGGCCAUGCAAUUACUAGUGGACAUGUACAGACAUGUUGGUGAAAGACUGAGGACCGAUCUGAAGAAGAAGGAGCUGGUGCCGGCCCAGAAGCUGGCUCUGCUGGAACAGAAGUUCGACGAGGUCCGGGAAGCGGGCCUAUUGCUGCCCACAGCGCACUCUGGUGUGGACGAGGCGGACUACGUGUCGCGCACGGCGGCGCGGCGGCACUUCGCGUCGGCCUGCGCGCGCGCCGGGGACUCAGGGGCCUCCACGCCAGCGUGUGAAGUACCAAAGAGGACAGUCCCUGGACUAUAUAGUCUACCGUCGGCGAGUAGAAAACCGCCGCCGCCGACCAAACUCAAUAGUGCCACUAGCGUGUCAUCUAGUGCGAGCGGGUCGGGCGGCGAGGCCGGCGCGGUGUCGGUCGAGGCCUUCGAGGCCGCCAUGGCCGCCGCCGCGCCCGCCGCCAUCUACGGGGCCCGCGGCCUCGACGACCUGUGCCGCCACGCCGCCGCGCUGCUCGGCGACAAGGCCGCCGAGUGGGAGAGGAGAGUCGACGCUCUGAAGAAAAUCCGGUCGCUACUGACGGCCAACGCGCACGCGCAGUACCCGACGGAGUUCGCGGCCAAUCUGAAGGAACUAUCCGUGCCCUUUCUAGUAGUCAUCAAGGAUCUCCGGAGUCAGGUGGUCCGAGAAGCGUGUAUCACGAUCGCGCACAUGGCUAAAGUACUGAAAAACAAACUUGAGCAGUUCAGCUUGUAUAUACUGCAGGAGCUGAUCAACCUCAUACAGAAUGCUGCCAAGGUGGUAUCGUCAGCGGGCACCGUAUGCGUGCGGUACAUCGUGACGUACGUGCAUUGCCCGCGCCUAGUUCCGGUAAUCGCCACCAACUUAACCAGCAACAAGUCCAAAGAGAUACGCUCUACUUUAAGUGAAAUCCUAGUGCUAAUGUUGGAGAAGUGGUCUCAGCCGGCCAUAGAGAAACAGUUGCCAGUUGUGAGGGACGCCAUCCGCCGCGCCUGUAUAGACGCGGACAGCACUGCCAGAACUUAUGGACGCAGAGCGUACUGGGCGUACAAGCGCGCGUUCCCCGCCGACGCCGAGCAGCUGUACGCCCGCCUGGACGCCGCCGCGCAGAAACAACUAGAGCGAGAGAGGAGCGUCGGCAGCGUCGACAGUCUGCAACACGUCGGCACCGAAAGACGAACGAUCACCAGUCCCCGCAGCCCAUCUGUCAGCGUAUCAGACCGGUCCCCUUGUGGCGCCGCGGCGCGCUCGGUGUCGGCCGUGGACGCGGCCGCCGCGCAGCGCGCACGCGCCAGGGCGCUCUACUCGCACAUGACGCGCGCCAAGAUGGCGGCCGGCACCGCCAGCCUGCCCCGCGCGAAGAGAUCCCCUCAGACCAACAGCGGAGUCCCACCGAGCCCCGAGAGGACGGUCGGCCGCUCGAGGUCGCGCCCCGGCGUGUCGCAGUCGCAACCGACGUCUCGGUCGUCGUCGCCGUCGUCUCGGGCUUCAGGUCCGCUCUCGCUGGCGAGCGCGCGCCGCCGCCCCUCCGGCAUCCCGCGCUCGCUCGCCGGCUCCAGGGAGACCAGCCCCACCAGGACGGGUCGGUCCAACAGCGUGGUGGGCGCUUCCGUGCGCAGGCGCGACUCCGCGGAGCGCUCCACGCGCGCCCCGGCCGCCACGCUGCGGCUGCUCCAACAGACCAGGGACGCGGAAGGAGUCCUAAGGAGUCCAGAGGACAGUUCAGCGUACGACAGCGGUCGUCGUGACGACGACUCUGAAGCUUCCAGCGUCUGCUCGGAAAGGAGCUUAGAUUCGUACAGAAGGCAUGAUAGCGUGUCGUGGUCGGGGUCGGCAUCAAGACUUGGCUGGGAGGGGUCUCCGCCGCCGCCGCCGCCGCCCGACGAGAUCAUCGCUUUAUGCGCGAGCACGCACUGGACAGAACGCAAAGAUGGCCUUACACAUUUGGCCAACUACCUGAACUCCGGUCGCCUCCUCACCGACUCGCAACUCCGUCGUCUCACGGAACUGCUCAACAAGAUGUUUGUUGACGCCCACACCAAGGUGUUCAGCCUACUCCUGGAUGCUGUCUGUGAACUGCUACUCGUUCACUGGCAGCAGCUCAAGGACUGGCUGUACCAGCUGCUCUUCAGGUUACUGAUGAAGUUGGGGACGGACAUAUUAGGCUCCGUGCAAAGCAAGAUCAUGAAGACGCUCGACGUGAUACACGAGUGCUUCCCGCCAGAGCUACAGCUGCACAACAUAUUCAGGUUCUUGGCGGAUGGCGCGACCGCCCCAACGGCUAAAACCAAAGCGGCCGCGCUGCGCUUCCUCGCGUCGCUCGCGCACGACUACUGCACGCCUAAUGCGUGCGCGCAGGCAUUGCAAGGUGGCGCCACGGGCGUGGCGGGUCGGGCUCUAGUGAAAGUGGCUGCGCACGCGCAGGACCCGCGCGCGGCCGACGUGCGUCUCAACGCGAGACGCGCGCUAGCCGCUCUCUACGACUGUAACCCUGUGCCGUUUACGGCGCUAAUGAGCGAGCUGUCGCCCGACACACAAGCGUUAGUCAACGGGGUGUUACAGCAACACGUCAGGAGAACCUCGAGCACUGGCAGCGACUCUCCGUUAAGGACAUCCUCCGCAACGCCCAACUCGGGCGCCGACGACGUGCACUCACGCAUCAGGCGCACCACCACCGAGAUACACACAUACACCGCGCAACACGCUAACGCUGAGUGCGGGAACCACAUGUCGAGCAAAGACUCCGGGAUCAGUCAGAUGUCUGACGUCACGCUAUCUAAUAAGGGCGUCAACGGGGUACCGAACGGACAUUAUAAUGCUGAGAGCGCGCGCGCCGCGUCGGCAGACAGCUCGGAGGAGGCGACCAGCACUAAGGAGUCGUCCCCCGUGCCGCACCACCACCACCUCCCGCCUCAUGGAGACUACAACUCGGCGUUAUGUCGUGACAAGAUGAAACCGUACGAAACUGAUGAAAACGGGUUCCUAAUAACCAAAUCCGGCCUCCGCGAGCAAGAAGUCCUGGAGGCCCUCUGCCAACUCGACACACAAAACGCGCCGCCCGAGCAGUGGGAGCGGCUCCUACUCGCCACACACGAGAUACUCAAGUACGGGGACUGCCGCAAGCCCUCUGAAUACUUCAAGAACAUAGUCCGGGUGGCGUUGGCGACGCUAGCGGUGGACGAGACCGCUGGGGACAAGGAGAACUCGGAAAACGCUUCGAAUGCCCAACAGUCCUCAGGCUGGGCGACGGCGAACGAGCGCGCGGCCGCGGAGGCGGUGAAGGUGCUGAUCUGGCUGUGCCGCCGCCCCGAGACCCGGCCGCAGUGGCUCGACUACUUCGACCUCAUCCUGCUCAAGCUGAUCAACGCCUACGGGGCCCUAAGCAAGGAGGUCAUGCGCGCCGUGGACCACGGCCUCCCGCACGUGGCUCAGGCCUUACCUGCGACACAGGUGCUAGCCCUUCUGAAGCCUGUAAUCCGCACCCGCGGGUACCCGACCUCUCUGUGUGCGCUGAAGUUGGCAGCAGAGGUCGCCAAGGCUAGGAGCAAUGAGCUCACGGACGAUAUCGUAGGCCAACUCAUGGAUGGAGUCUCACAAUUGGCCGACCACCAGAACUCUGCCGUGCGUAAAGCGGCCAUCUUCUGCAUGGUAGCGUUCACUUUCGCGCUCGGCGAGGAGCGCAUGCAGCCGCAUCUGAAGCAUCUCUCCGUGAGCAAGUGCCGGCUACUACAGGUAUGUCGUACACGUCAGCUGCCGCUGCGUUGGCUGUGCCAUCUUUACAUGGUGGCGGUCACGUUCGCGCUCGGCGAGGAGCGCAUGCAGCCGCAUCUGAAGCAUCUCUCCGUGAGCAAGUGCCGGCUACUACAGGUAUGUAGUACACGUCAGCUGCCGCUGCGUUGGCUGUGCCAUCUUUACAUGGUGGCGGUCACGUUCGCGCUCGGCGAGGAGCGCAUGCAGCCGCAUCUGAAGCAUCUCUCCGUGAGCAAGUGUCGGCUACUACAGGUAUGUAGUACACGUCAGCUGCCGCUGCGUUGGCUGUGCCAUCUUUACAUGGUGGCGGUCACGUUCGCGCUCGGCGAGGAGCGCAUGCAGCCGCAUCUGAAGCAUCUCUCCGUGAGCAAGUGUCGGCUACUACAGGUAUGUCGUACACGUCAGCUGCCGCUGCGUUGGCUGUGCCAUCUUUACAUGGUGGCGGUCACGUUCGCGCUCGGCGAGGAGCGCAUGCAGCCGCAUCUGAAGCAUCUCUCCGUGAGCAACUGCCGCUGCGUUGGCUGUGCCAUCUUUACAUGGUGGCGGUCACGUUCGCGCUCGGCGAGGAGCGCAUGCAGCCGCAUCUGA